AUAAGCGCGCACUUUUUAUACAUUAUUAACAUGUAUAUACGUGAUGCAAAUGUUAUAUGCGUGUAUGAGCUGCUCAUAGUGCAGUUUUGCACAUCGAGUGCAGUGUAGUUUAUUAUUAAUGUAUAUAUUAUUAUUAUAUACUGUUAUAUGGUGUUAUUUAGAGUUUUUAUAAGUGUUUAUACGAGUGUAUAUAAUUGUUUAUGAGUGUGUUCACCAAUGAGUGUAUGAUGGAGCUCAAUAAAUCAGUGCACAGUGAAGUUUACAUUGAGAAACGUGAAGAUAAAGAACAACUCCACUGGACUCAUGAGGCGUCAGCUGACGUUUUGUCCACGCAGGAAUUUCAGGCUCUGCCCGAAGCCUCGACGUCCACGUGGCUGCACCAGCACCGGCGCACCUACCAGCAGGACACCGACAUCGUCUCGGUGGUGAUCAAAUCCGAGCCGGAUACCGAGGACGACUGGAACGCGACCCGGACCGGACAGGAAGCGGCCGAGCAGGAGGACCAGUACGGCGCCCAUAACGAUAGCGCUUCGUUGGUGAUUGUUAAAGUGGAACCGGACGAAGCGGAGCUGAGUCACGGUUCAGAGCUGCGGUAUCGGUAUGAGGCCGAAUCUGAGGAGACGUAUCACGGUGGGAAAGGGCGUGGCCCAUCGCUGGAGAUGAACGAGAACAAUGUUACCUUUUUAGGUGACUCCAGCCAGGUAUCUCCUGCGAAGGAGCUCAGGUCGUGCCCGGAAUGCGGGAAGACGUUCUCCAGCUCCUCGACGUUCUACAGGCACAUGAGGAUCCACAGCGGAGAACGGCGUUACCACUGCACCCAGUGCGAGAAGACCUUCAGCCAGGCGUCCUCGCUGAAGAUCCACCAGAGGACGCACACGGGCGAGAAGCCCUUCCAGUGCCACGCCUGCGGCAAGACCUUCACCCGCCUGGACAACCUCCAGAUCCAUCAGCGCACCCACACGGGAGAGAAACCCUACGAGUGCUCGUACUGCCCCAAGACCUUCACCCGGCUGGACGUCCUCCAGAACCACCUGCGCACCCACACCGGGUGGAAGCCGUACCAGUGCUCGCACUGCGGCAAGAACUUCACGCGCCUGAGCGUCUUCCAGAUCCACCAGAGGACCCACACGGGCGAGAGGCCGUACCCCUGCGUGACCUGCGGCAAGCAGUUCCGGAACGCCUCCAACCUGAGGAACCACCUGAGGCUGCACACCGAGGAGCGGCCGUACCGGUGCUCGCUGUGCGACAAGACCUUCGUGCAGCUGGGUCACCUGACCAGCCACCACCGGCAGCACACCGGAGAGAAGCCGUACUGCUGCGCCGUCUGCGGGAAGUGCUACACCUCCUCGUCCACGCUGCUCGACCAUAAGAGGAAGCUCCAACACUUCCCAACGCCCACCUGAGGUUCACCUGAGGAUCGAAUUCUUGUGUUUCAACAAGCUCACGGUCCGGUGUCCAAAUACUUUUGGCCAUAUCUCAAACACUAUUAGAAGACUGACGUAUGGACAGACACGUAUGGACAGACGCGUAUGGACAGAUAUAUGCAGUAUUACUAAACAGUAUUUACUUCAGUUCUUCGGUCAGAAUCUGAGGGACUGAAUAAAGAUGAUUUGCUUCUGAUCAUGAGAAGCUUUAAUACUUUAAAUAACGAAUGAUUUUUAUCUUAUAUAAACUCCGUUUUGAUUUUGCACAUUAUGACGAACGGUUGAUACAUUUCUGUCAUUUUUAAAACUUGUUGCACCGUCAAAACUCUACAGAUGACAAAUAAAAGCAUGCUGGAAAUGA